ACCACAACUAUGACAUUGCCAAGCCCAGCUAAAGGUUGAUAAAAGAUAUUUAAGUAAAUUUUCUACCUUGGUAACCGCACUGCAAAGAUGUUAAAUAGGUUUGAUUCAAUAUUUGUAGUGUUGCUUUUGUGGACUGUUUAUGCAGAGACUGAAAAGGUUGAUGCCCCUCCAGUUUCCUUAGGCCUGUAUUAUGAAUCGUUAUGUCCCUACUGUCGGCAAUUCAUCGUAGGACAACUGUGGCCAACUUAUUCUCACUUGUCAGUAGUGAUGAACCUGACGCUUGUUCCUUUUGGAAAUGCUCAGGUUACUAAAGAUGGAGACAAGUGGAAAUUCACGUGUCAGCAUGGUCCUAAUGAAUGUUAUUCAAAUAUUGUCCAGACGUGUGGACUUUUCUAUAUCACCAGCACGAAAACCAGCUUGAAUUUCAUCCAGUGCAUUUCUGCUGCUGAUGAACCUUGGCAGGCUGGAGAAAAGUGUGCCGAGUCUCUACAAUUAGAUUGGGAAGCCAUUUCUACCUGUGCUAAUGGAACUCACGGAAAUAACCUAGAGUAUGAAAUGGCUAAGAAAACGCUCUCUUUAGACCCCCCUCACCAAUACUCACCGUGGAUUACCUUGAAUGGUGUUCAUACCGAGGAAAUUCAGGAUCAAGCACAAAAUGAUCUUUUCGAUCUGAUCUGUGAAACAUACAAAGGAGAGAAGCCUUCCGCCUGCAACGUGACCAAAAGAAAACCUUAUACUUCUAACCACGUCUAAGUUGUUUUCUGUAAGGAACUACUAUAUAUGCAUGUUUUACAAAAUGAAACUUUAAUAAAGGGACUGAAAGCUCUGAAUCGAAAAAAAAAAGUCAUCUGUCUGUUAAACUAACAUU